AGAAAAUUGUGUGUUCUGGAGGUUUGCGUUUGUAUGUAAUGACACUUCCGAGGCAGCAGGGGGCAGUGGCGUUUCCUCCUGUAUACACUUGGACAGACCCGAGGCUCGUUAUUUACGGAAGCUCCUUCAGAAAGAAGUGUAAAUAAUAUUUCGUGUAAAAUAACCCCAGCUUUGUUUUAAGUUGCGCACACUGCUACGUUGAUGCUCGACUGAGAACCCGAGCAGCUUCAUAGGGAGAGCAGCAGACUCGUUUGCGCAAAGCUAACCAGUCCCAGUCCUCUCCGUUUGUCAUGUUGACACCCCGGGUGUGUUUCGAAGUUGUAUGAAGCCUUAAGAACCUGUGUACGACCUGGAGACGCGGUUUUUGAGCUGUGCUGCGGAAUAGCCGGCUGAAGCUGACUGCUAGCCUGCUAGCCCGGCGUUAGCACCAUGGGAGCGGAGCAGAGCGGGGAUGCGGAGCACAAGCACUCCGACUACAGCUCCUCGGCGGUGCCGUCCCCGGCGAGGCAGAAGGCCAAGAUGGAUGACAUCGUGGUUGUGGCCCAGGGGACUCAGUCCCUGCGGAACAUCCACAACGAUCCCGAUGUCAUCAAGCUGCAGGAGAUCCCCACCUUCCAGCCGCUCCUGAAAGGGGUGCUGAGCGGCCAGACGUCCCCCAGCAGCGUCAGCCUGGAGCGGCUGGACGCGGGCCAGGUCAUGCAGCUCUGCCUGCGCUACCAGGAGCACCUGCACCAGUGCGCCGAGGCCGUGGCCUUCGACCAGAACGCGCUGGUCAAGAGGAUCAAAGAGCUGGACCUGUCGGUGGAGACCUUGUUCAGCAUCAUGCAGGAGCGCCAGAAGCGCUACGCCAAGUACGCCGAGCAGAUCCAGAAGGUCAACGAGAUGUCCAUGAUCCUGCGCCGCAUCCAGAUGGGCAUCGACCAGACGGCGCCGCUGAUGGAGCGCCUCAACAACAUGCUGCCCGAGAGCGAGCGGCUGGAGCCCUUCAGCAUGCGGCCCGACAGGGAGCCCGCCGCCAAGUAGGCCCCGCCCCCGGCUGAGCCCAGCUCCGGCCUCCAGGGGAAAAGGAAAGGAAAAAAAACUAACUCAUUUUAAACUGCAGACAAAGCGCUGGGCUCCAUUCCUCCGGUCUGCCUCGGUCAGCUCCUUCAGAUCAACGGGGACUUUUUAGCUCUUUUAUUUACGGCGGGAGAGUUUGCUGAGCACACAGCGGGCGAUCGAUAGCGGCCGGGCUCCGGGGACAUAUUUAUUCCUGCAGGCCGCCCGGUCCAUCAUCAGCGUGUGCCGCUGACCGCUGGGCGGGCGGCUUCCCAGGACCCGCAUCCCAGCACCGGCCCGGUGCGGCUUUGUUGGUUCAGAUGAAGGAAACACAGAACUCUGUGUCUGAGGAACACGGACAAGGGCCGGACCAGAGAUCUGCAGACAUAAGGCCAGCGUCAGAACUUUGGGAUUGACCGAUUAUUUAAAUAGAUUAAAAAUCUCAAAAUAAUUUUUUCACUGCACUCCUGAAAUUGAGACCCUCUCUCCGUCCACCUCUCUAAUGGUAAAUUCUGACGGUCGAGGCCCAGAACUAGCAGCUGUGCUCACUAAAACAUUGCAGGAGGAACUUGGCAGUGUCCUGCAGGCUUUUGUGGCGUGUGUCCGGUUUUAAUUGAAUGGGGACGGAGACAGGUGGAGGUAAAUCGCUUGUGAGGAAAAAACGCUGCAUGGACUUAAUCUUCUCAUCACCACACGUCCAGAAAACUACCCAGGAAAAGGCUUCCUGUCUUUUUUGUAUCUUUUAGAAGAGUCUGUGUUGUUUACUUCACUGUGUUGUCUUUGUGCUCUUUUCUGCAUCUGAAGCUUCGCUCUUUACACCUGAAAGAGGUAGUUAGGAGGUAGUUUGGGCUUUGUGUGAUGGAAUGGAAAUUCUGGAACUGAGAAUUAUAAUAAAUAAAUGGAAAAAACAA